AUGCUAAUGGGUGCGGGUGGCAUGUUUAUGGUCGUUAUAUCGCCACCUCUGAUAGCUAUUUCGAUUGUAUGUUCAUGCAAAAGACAGCUAAAACUUUUGAAAAAAAAGUCUGAAGCAGCAGUGGGAAGAUCUCAUUCCAUGAAUGAUAAAACAUUAUCAACCGGUUGUAAAAUAUCAAAUAGCAAUCAUGAAGGCGGUCUAUCAUUGGGAGUUACUGCUAAUGAGGGAAACAAAAGGCAUGAAAUGGUUAAUGUAAUACAGAAAAUACCGGAUAUGCAAUUAAAGGAAAUGAUCCGGAAACUAUCGGAUAAGCAAUCGAUGAAGAAAAGUGAUUUACGAGAAGCGGAAAGAAAAAAAUCGAAACUUUCUUAUUUUGAAGAACAGAUGAAACAAGUAAUUGUUGGUAACAGUGAUGAGAGUGAAUUGGAAAUGAACGCAUUUAUGACAGAUGGCAUUAUUAUAUUUCCACGUCAGCUUAAAUGGAAAUUGAUGAAUACCGUACAACGAGUACAACUACAAAAUCCAACUGAAAAUCGUUUUGCAGUAAAGGUAAAAUGUACAGACAAUGAUUUGUACAGAGUAAAACCGGUAUUUACAUUUGUUGAACCGAAAAGUUCCGUUGCUUUUGAUGUUAAUCGACAUGAUGAUGUUGCAACCGUUGACAGCAUUCUUUUCUUGACUACUUUGGUGCAGUUGUUUAAUUGA